GAUAGUUUACAUUAGAGAGUGUGCCUCGUACCAAAAUUAACCGCAGGCAGAGGAAGGAGGGGGUCAGCCAGGAGAAGACUCUUUGGCAGUGGUUUCAACAGGUCUGGGCUGCCUGAACAGACGACACUCUGUGCUUUUGGAUAAGAAAAACUCAAUUGAUUUAUUGUUAUCAGAACCGUGACCACAGACAGCCUGGAUCUCAUUCCUCUUCAAGGACAUAGCCUUGAAACGGGCCGGAGUACAGGGCCUGUGUGAGCGACCCGCAUGGAUCCAUGCUCUCGGCUUCUGAUCCACUGCUGGAGAUGUAUUCACUGACGAGAAUUAGUCCUCAACUCAUGCUGCAAUGGGAGACUGGGGUUUACUGGGAAAGCUGCUGGAGAGUGCCCAGGAGCACUCCACUGUGGUCGGCAAAGUGUGGCUGACCGUCCUCUUCAUCUUCCGCAUCCUGGUGCUGGGCACAGCUGCUGAGAAGGUCUGGGGAGAUGAGCAAUCAGGUUUCACCUGCGAUACCAAACAACCCGGUUGCCAGAAUGUCUGCUACGACAAGACGUUCCCCAUCUCCCACAUCCGCUUCUGGGUUCUUCAGAUCAUAUUCGUCUCCACCCCCACACUUAUCUACCUGGGCCACAUUCUGCACUUGGUUCGGAUGGAAGAGAAACACAAAGAAAGGCAAAAAGAGAAGGAACUUUCCCAGCAGGGUGAUAACCAGCCCCUUAUUGGUGAAGCCAAAGCAAAGAAGCCUUCAGUGCGGGAUGAGCAAGGCCACAUCCGUCUUCAAGGAGACAUCCUGCGCACGUACGUCUUCAACAUCAUCUUUAAGACACUGUUUGAGGUAGGCUUUAUAGUUGCACAGUACUUCCUGUACGGAUUUGAACUCAAACCGCUCUACAUGUGCGACCGGCCGCCGUGCCCCAAUCCUGUGAACUGCUACAUCUCCAGACCCACAGAGAAGACCAUUUUCAUCAUCUUUAUGCUAGCAGUAGCAUGCUUCUCGCUUCUUCUUAACCUGGUGGAAAUGUAUUACUUGGGUUUCACCAAGUGCCGCCAAAGCUUCAGACACAGAAAAGAGAAGCUGCCGUCUGAGGUAUCAUCCAACGCUCCCAGCGAAGUAACCAACCAAUUUGUUCCCACUUACAACUAUUUCCAUGGCCACCAGCCCCCAUAUCCCUCUGCUCCCGGAUACAGUUCACAAACUGGUGAUCCUGAAUCGUUUCUUCCAUAUAACAGCAAAGCAGUUUGUAAGCAGAACAAAGACAACUUUGCUGUAGAGAGGAAUGGUAAACCAGAGGAACUCAACUUAAAAUUAAAGAAAGCCUCAGGUCCAGCUCCUGGGUCACCAGGAGAUCAGCAGAGGAGGCCUAAUCGAACUGGUAAGUUCAGCAAUAAGAGCAGGCUAGACGAUCUGAAGAUUUGAUAUUGAAGAUGUUUUCUUUUUUAUACCUAUGGCUUGGCAUUUUUUUAUGUUUUCAAAUUGGAACGUUAGAAAGUCCAGGUUUAAUAAUUUAAUGUAACCAGUUGUAUGUAGUCUAUUUCCCCAAUGCUGUCAGAAUACAAUUUGUAUUACGUUGAACUGUAGGAUGCCAUAAACACUUAUUUUCAUUCAAAUGUCCAGUAGAAAUUGUAUUUAUUACUAUUUUUAUGCCAUAAUUUUAAAUAAAGUACAAUGCAAUGGAAACAGA